CGCGUCGAAUGCUGCAAGUGCUGGGAUGGAGCUCUUCAUCUGAGUAUAAAGCCCCUCUCGAUACCCGCUUUGCAGUUUCUCAUCAUCAACAUUCGCUUUUCUUUUGCAAUCAACCUCAAGUCAAUCCUUCUUUAAGAACUCCACAAGAUGCGCUUCAUCACGCUUUCAAUCGCUAUGCUUGCGAGCUUGCCCGCUGCGUUAGCUCAAUCCAACUUAACCAGCACUAGCCUGAGUUGCUACACCCAGCUCGCGACCUUCAAGCCGUCCACCGUGUCGACCUUUUUCGUUGCGGUUAUCACUUCAACUCGUGAUAUCAGCCAAACCAUCACGUAUACUCCAGUUGCGACAAUCACUCCAAAUGCUACGACCUUCACCAGCGUUCUCACGACUACCGCGACUUAUAAUACGACCGUGACCAGCCAACUUCCAGCGGUGACUGUUCCUACACGCGCCGGCUUCGUCCCCUUCGCAGAAACUACAGGCAAUGUCGCCAAAAGCAAGAAUAGGCACUCCAGAAUCGAGCUUGCUCGGCGACAGGGCGACGCUACUGGUGCGGCUGGCUUUGAGCUCGACGGCAAUGGCGUCUCGAACCCUAUUUCCACAUUAAGCUUCCCAUUCAAGGUCUACUGCGAAGCCUACGUCUACGUCGCCGUGAUUAGCACUUCCACGGUCACUGCUUCGACCGCCUACACGACUGUCGCCGCGCCAGUAAUCACCGCAUAUACCACCACAACCACAACCGUGACAAGCACCAUCACCAAUAUCGCUCCUGCUCGCACCAUCUUCGCCACUUGUGGCCUCAACAACGUUGUCUCCGAGCUCAACGGCCGCGGUAUCUUCAAAGUCGAGUACCAGCCCGCGUCAACGUCACGCGCCAGCGCAUCCUCAACGCGACAUCGGGCUCCGACUGUUGCGCCUCUUGCAUGCAGACGACUAACUGCGCGGGUGCCAUUUACUACCAAAACCAGUGCCGUAUCACGCUUUCCCAAGUGCCGGUCUAUAACGGGACGAAUGGGACAGAGGUGGAGUAUUGUACUAAUGGCUCUGAUACGGCGAGACUGGGCGGGGGUCCAGACCAGGGAGACGCUGCCGGCGGAUACCGGGUAUACCAUUAUUAAUGGGUAUUGUGGGAGCUUUUAUUACAGUGGGGAUGUGUGGUCUUAAACCGGUGGUUUGAAGAAAGCUAGCGCCCUUCGUGAGGGGGAGACAUCCGGCCUUCAAGGGAGAGACUGUAGUGAUGUGUGGAUGACUGAGCAUUCGGGUGAGCGUAAGGUGGCGGUAGACUUGCGCUGCGGUUUGUUGUUUUCUUGACUGUCGUUACCGGUAAGCUCUUUUGCUUUUUUGGAUAAUUGCGAAUGCGCGUUAGACAAGAAUACACGACUCCGAUCUAGGCUUGGCU